CAUUAAGCGAAGAUUCCAGCUCUUUAAAGUCUGUAAUAACCAUCUGAGCUUGGCGGUUGGCCUGGUGGCUCAGCUGUGGCAGGAGGGCAUGAUGGCCUAAAGGAGAAGUGGAUGCGUUAGUUCCUUUAUUUUUUUAAACACAGCUUCAACUUGCCUCUUCAUUGCUUACAGUCCUAAUGGAUGUUCAUUCUUAGUAGUGAUGCUUGUUAAAACGGGCAAAGAUGAAAUGAUUACCAGUGUCCUGAUGGCCCUUGUGCUGUAUCGGAUGCUGUGAAGGUCAAUGCUGGAACCAGCUGCCUGUGCUGUUGUGUGUGUUGGGGUUGCAGUGGGUGGAGUUGUGCUCCUGAACAGGAUGAAGCUUUUAGGGAAAUUGGUAAUGCAGCUGUACAAGUUUAAACUCAUAUCCCAGGCAUAUGAAGUUCUGUCGGACCCAAAGAAAAGGGACCUCUAUGACCAGGGUGGGGAGCAGGCUAUUAAAGAAGGAGGCCUGAGUGGCGGCAGCUUCUCUUCACCCAUGGACAUCUUUGACAUGUUCUUUGGUGGUGGAGGCCGAAUGAAUAGAGAGAGAAGAGGCAAGAAUGUUGUGCACCAGUUAGGUGUAUCUCUUGAAGACUUAUAUAAUGGUAUUACAAGGAAACUGGCACUGCAAAAGAAUGUAAUUUGUUCCAAAUGCGAAGGUUAUGGUGGAAAGAAAGGGGCUAUAGAAAAGUGCCCUUUGUGUAAAGGAAGAGGAAUGCAAGUUAUAGUUCAGCAGAUUGGACCUGGUAUGGUACAACAAAUCCAAACUGUGUGUCCAGAAUGCAAAGGCCAAGGUGAAAGAAUAAAUCCAAAGGACAGGUGUGACAACUGCAAUGGCUGUAAGGUUGUAAGAGAGAAAAAGAUUAUAGAAGUUCAUAUUGAUAAAGGCAUGAAAGAUGGUCAGAAGAUAGUAUUUCAUGGGGAAGGUGAUCAGGAGCCUGAUCUGGAGCCUGGUGAUGUUAUAAUUGUGCUUGAUCAGAAGGAUCACAGUGUCUUUCAGAGGCGAGGGCAUGACUUAAUUACAAAAAUGAGAAUUCAACUUUCAGAGGCUUUAUGUGGCUUCAAAAAGACCAUUGAAACACUUGAUAACAGAGUCCUUGUAGUAACAUCUAGACCAGGUGAAGUGAUAAAACAUGGUGACUUGAAGUGCAUCCACAAUGAAGGGAUGCCUAUCUACAAAUCUCCAAUGGACAAAGGCAAUCUAAUUAUACAGUUUUUGGUCCAGUUCCCAGAGCAUUACUGGCUUCCGAGGGAGAAACUGUGUCUAUUGGAGGCUCUGCUUCCUCCACGAGAAGAUGUAAUGAUUACAGAUGAGAUGGACCAGGUAGACCUGGAAGACUUUGAUCCAAGUGAGCAAACCUACCGUAACAGUGGGGGAGAAGCAUAUGAAGAAGAUGAGGAGGGUCCAAGAACAGGGGUACAGUGUCAAACAUCUUAAAGCAAGGUGGAAUGUAUGUCAUCUAAAAUGUAAAUUUUCACAAUGAAAACUGCAUGGCUGUAAUAGCCACUGCUUGUGGGUUUUGUGUUCAGCAAAUUGAGUUGCUGCGCUGUCAGUAUCACUUUUUUUUGUAACUAAUUUAUAUUGUGUUCUUGUAGUCUUUAUAUAUAAGCAAAUGUUACACAGCUGAGAACCAACUGAGUUGGUAUACAUCUUCCUUUGCUGUAAAGGUUCUCUAUUUCACCUAUGCUAUUUAUAAGACUUGCAAUAUUCAAAAAGGCUAAGUGGAAUGUCUUAUGUAAAUAGUUUCAUACUGGAAAAUUAAUUUCAUAGAAUAAAAGAUAGCAGAAAUUACUUCUAAUAAACUGCAUUCUUCACACUUUA